UUCUCAACAAACAACACAAGUAAACAAUUAGUCCAACAUAGACAACAACCUCAAAUUACACACACUUGUCCACUUCACAAUUUCAUCAUCAUCGAAUACGCAAAAAGGUUAAAGCAAAGCAAACCAAAGAGAACAAGAUAUCUCACAUUUCAUCUUUCAUUCAUUCAUCAAAUGCUCAAACUCUUCACUCUUUCCUUCUUCACAGGGUAGUUUGUGACAUACUGUUCUUCACACUUUGGUUGCUGUUAGAGUAUGAUCUCAUUUUUCACUAGGAACUGAGGUCAAUUUACUGGAAGAUCGUUAUCUUGAAAAAAGAUGGCAGCUGAGUUAGUCAAUGCUGCAACAAGCGAGAAAUUGGCCGAAACUGAUUGGGCAAAAAAUAUUGAAAUAUGUGAGUUGGUUGCACGUGAUAAAAGGCAAGCUAGAGAUGUUGUUAAAGCUAUCAAGAAGAGACUCGGUAGCAAACACCCUGACGCCCAACUUUAUGCUGUCACGUUGCUGGAGAUGUUGAUGAACAAUACUGGAGAGCAUAUUCAUGAGCAGGUGAUUGAUAUCGGAAUUAUUCCCAUUCUUGUGAAAAUUGUGAAGAAAAAGUCUGAUUUGCCUGUGAGGGAGAGGAUAUUUCUUCUACUAGAUGCCACACAAUCAUCCCUUGGUGGCGCUUCUGGAAAAUUUCCUCAAUAUUAUAACGCAUAUUAUGAUUUGGUGAAUGCUGGAGUGCAAUUUCCUCAAAGUGCUCAAGCGGUCCAAUCAAAUCACGCUAGUUCACAACCUAGUAGGGCCGGUAGUGUACCAAACAGGGAGCAGGCCUCACCUAGACAAGAAGUGGUUGUACCACAAGCAGAGACAGUCCCUGAAUCUAGCAUCAUUCAAAAGGCUGGUAACGCAUUGGAAGUUUUAAAAGAAGUCCUUGAUGCUGUUGAUGCUCAACAUCCUCAGGGAGCAAGUGAUGAGUUUACCCUUGACCUUGUAGAACAAUGUUCAUUUCAGAAGCAAAGGGUAAUGCAUCUUGUGAUGGCUUCUCGAGAUGAGAGGAUAGUUUCUCGAGCAAUUGAAUUAAACGAACAGCUUCAGAAAGUUCUUGCAAGACAUGAUGACCUUGUUUCUGGAAGAGCUACAAAACCUGCUAAUGAACAUGUUCCAAAAGUUCAACCAAGACGCGAUGACGUUGUAUCUAGCAGAGCCACAACAACUGCUAAUGAACAGUUUCCGAAAGUUCUACCAAGACGAGAUGACAUUGUAACUAGCAGAACCACAACAACUGCUAAUGAACAGUUUCCAAAAGUUCCUCCAAGACGCAAUGAUGUUGUAUCUGGCAGAGCUACAACAACUGUUAUUACUCGCUUUGACCACGAUGAAUCAGAGGAGGAAGAGGAGCCUGAACAGUUAGUACGAAGAUUACGCAAAGGAAAGGCUUGUGCCAGGCCUGAAGACGAAGAUCUUGAAACCAACAUCUCUCGCAUGCGUUUGAAUGGGGAGAGACUCAAUCGUCCUUUAAUACGGCCACUGUCCUCAGAGCCAUCUCGAGAGGCUCACAGUCCUGUUCCUCCACCAGCUGUGAUCCCACCUCCACGUCCAAAACAGAAUGGUGAGCUUCCUCCUGUGGCAAUUCCACCGCCACCUGCAAAACACAUGGAGAGGGAGAGAUUUUUUCAGGAAAACAAGGAUGCUUCUAAUAUGUCUGGUCACAGGAGAGGCCUCUCUUUACAUAGUCGCAAUGGCAGCAGCUCUCACAGUCACACUGGAAGCUUUGAUUUUAGCGACUGAUAUCUUUAACAACAAAACCUCUUUUGAUUUUUAUCUUAAUUUGGAGUUGGUAUUUUAAAGUUGUGAGAAGUUUGUGGUUUCUGAUCUAGUCUUGUUGCCUGUUAUUUGGAGAGGGUGAAAAGAAGGAAGAACGUGUCUUCAGUUCAAGAAAUACCUGUAAUUAUAAAGUUUUCUAGAUCAUAUGAUGUGGCCUGAUGUUUUAAAGUUUCAGGUACUAUUGUGAUAAAUGAUAUAUGUAUUCUCCCUAAUGUAAUAGUUUUGGUAAAUAAAGUGAAUUCAUGAUACAUUCAAACUGUCAA